UGGCUCUUUCAGGGGGGAACGGAGGAUUGAGGGGGAGUGCGAAGUUUAGGGAAGAGCCCUCUUUCCUACAGCUGCUGACGCGGAUGGGACUGUUUGUGCAACGACGGCAGCAGACCAUCGAAAUCCAACCAUGUUAUCUUGGAUUAUAACUAUUUGGACCUUUCUUGCGGUAGUACAGUGUUACUUUUCCGAAGAAAAUUACACCGAGGAGUCAAAGAUGCAGCCGCCCACUGUCGUUAUAGCCAUAAUCGCACGGAACGCCGCUCAUUCUUUACCUCACUACCUUGGUGCCCUCGAAAGAUUAAACUAUCCCAAGGAGCGAAUCUCUGUCUGGGCAGCGACGGACCACAACAUUGACAACACGACAGCUAUGCUGCGAGAAUGGCUGACCGUCAUGCAAACUCAAUAUCACUAUGUGGAGUGGAGACCUUCAGAUAAACCCACGUCUUAUGCAGGAGAAUUGGGGCCAAAGCACUGGACAAACAGCCGCUAUGAGUAUAUUAUGAAGCUUAAACAGGCGGCAUUAAACUUUGCCAAGAAACGCUGGGCUGACUAUAUUCUGUAUUCAGACACAGACAACAUCCUGACCAAUCCUGACACGCUACACCUUCUUAUGGCAGAGAAUAAAUCAGUCAUUGCCCCAAUGCUGGACUCACAGUCGGCUUACUCCAACUACUGGUGCGGCAUCACUCCGCAGGGUUACUAUCGGCGCACAGCAGAGUAUUUUCCCACGAAGCAGCGUCAGCGUCUGGGCUGUUAUCCUGUGCCGAUGGUCCACUCCACUGUCCUGCUGGACCUGCGCAAACAGGGCACCCGGAAAGUGUCAUUUCACCCCCCUCACAAAGACUACUCCUGGCCCUUUGACGACAUCAUCGUUUUCGCAUUCUCCUGCAGAGUAUCAGAGGUUCAGAUGUAUCUGUGCAACAAGGAGCGUUAUGGGUAUCUGAACGUGCCUGCAAAGCCUCAUCAGACUGUGGAGGACGAUCGCAUCAAUUUUGUUCACCUUUACCUGGAAUCUCUGAUUCAUGGACCCCCAAUGUACGUCUCUCGCUACGUCCACGUUCCUCCCAAACAGUCAGAUCUCAUGGGUUUCGAUGAGAUUUACUUGAUAAACCUGCGCAGACGUCAAGACCGCCGGGACAGGAUGUUAUGGUCUCUGUAUGAGCUAGAGAUUGAUGCUAAAGUUGUGGAUGCUAUAGAUGGAGCAGCUCUGAACAGCAGCGAUAUUAAGAUUCUAGGUGUGGAUCUUUUACCUGGUUACUACGAUCCUUUCUCUGGACGCACACUGACCAAAGGAGAGGUGGGCUGCUUCCUGAGCCACUACUAUAUCUGGAAAGAGAUGGUAGACAUGCAGCUUGACAAGGCGCUGAUCUUUGAGGACGAUGUACGUUUUCAAGCCAAUUUUAAACGGCGCAUGAUGCGGCUGAUGGAGGAGGUGGAGCAGGUGGAGCUGGACUGGGACAUCAUAUACCUGGGCAGAAAGAAGGUGAACCCUGGAGAGGAAGUUCCAGUGGAGAACGUGAGGAAUCUGGUGUUCGCCGAUUACUCCUACUGGACGCUGUCUUACGCCAUCUCUCUCCAGGGAGCUCAGAAGCUCCUCAACGCUGAACCCGUAUCCAAGAUGCUCCCUGUGGAUGAGUUCCUGCCCAUCAUGUAUGACAAGCACCCAAAUGAGGACUACAAAUCCCAUUUUCCCAACCGAAAUCUGAUGGCGUACUCCACACACCCUCUGCUGGUGCAGCCAUGUCAUUACGCCGGAGACGCGGAGUGGGUGAGCGACACAGAGACCUCCACAUUGUGGGAUGAUGACAGCGUUCGCACUGACUGGAGAGGCUCACAUAAGACUCUGAAGGGCUCACAGCCACCCCCCGGCCUGCAGAGCGCCACCUACAAGGAUGAGCUGUGAACCACAGCCACUAAGAACACAGCAAUGGGCAUUUUAUUGGUGGAUGAGGGACAAUGAUACUCAUUAUGGACAUCUCAAAACUGUGGACCGGGAACCUUAGUAGGACAAGCUCACUUUAAAACAACAACAAAACAAUCAAUAUUUAAAUCUUGUUUUCAAAGAAAAAUAUCCCAAAAUUUCUCAUGAAUUGAAUUUUUAUUUGCAUAAAUUUAGAUAUUUAAAUGAGGGUAUGUGAGACCAUAAGUUGUGAAUUUUGGUUUGGUUUGGUUUUCUAACUUCAUUGAUCUGUUUUAAAGCAUACACUCCAUUCUGAAAAAAAUUGGGUCAAAAAUGGACAAACCCAACCCUUUUGUUAAAAUUUUAAUUUAUUAAAUAAUAUUUAACAUAACAUAUUUUACCAAAUGAAACAAGCCAGUAUUUUUAGAUAGUAGGUCUACCAAAAGUAUGUUAAUGGCACAAAAAAGUAAAUAAUGUAAUUUCUCAAAAAGUCGAAUUAAAGUUUAAAGAAAAUAAGCUUUCAGAAGAUUUUCAAACUAUAUUUUAAUAGAGAAGAAGAUCCUGUAAGAUCCUAUAAAUGCAAUAUUUUUGGUUUAUUAAACAGUAUAGUGAAGAGAAAGCUUUUCAAUUGGUCCUAUGGUGCAAAUUAAGUUAGCUUUGCAGUUUUGAUUAAGAUAUUUGUUUUUUAUUAACUACUAAAACUAAAGCAUCUGACAGUUUUUAUGGUAGUGGUGCAGUUUUGUCAUUUUUAAUAAGAUUUUAAAUAACUUAUAAGGACUAUCAUGCUCAGACAAUCAAACAGUUUAGUGUAUAUUUGAAAUGGUACAUGUGGUGAAUUUCUUUCUGUUUGGUGCAUUUUUGCUGUUCGUAUAGAUUUUUCUCUUCUUAUAAUUAUCAUUUGUUCUUAUUUAUUUCUCUUCCAUGUCUUACGUCUUUCUGUGACUCCCUGAAGUGAACAGCAGGACCAAAUGAAAUGAUUACAAACGGGUGCAUGACAUUUUUGUUAACAUUUUUUGAAAUAAAAAAGUUGAAUGUCA